AUGAAUAUAUUGAAGAUAUUAAUUUUAUUGGAAUUAAUUUACACCUGUGUUUCGGGUUUAAGUUUUACGGUUACCUCCAAAAUCUACAUGGAUGUAAAACAUCAAAAGAAACCCUUGGGACGCAUAGUUUUUGGGUUGUUUGGCAAAAGAGCUCCGAAAACCGUAACAAACUUUCGUCAUAUUUGUUUGCGGGGCAUAAAUGGCACAACCUAUGUUGGCUCUGAAUUUCAUCGGGUGAUUAGUCGUUUUCUGAUACAAGGCGGCGAUAUUGUGAAUAACGACGGCACUGGUUCGACUAGUAUUUAUGGUGAUUUCUUUCAAGAUGAAGCAUUAGAUGUGGAACAUCUUAGACCUGGUUAUUUGGGUAUGGCAAAUCGGGGACCCGAUACAAAUGGUUGUCAAUUUUAUGUGACAACUGUGGCUGCCCAAUGGUUAAAUGGUAAACAUACGGUAUUUGGUAAAGUUAUAGAGGGUAUGGAUACAGUGUAUGCCAUAGAAGAUGUUAAAACGGAUACCGAUGACCAUCCUAUAGAUCCGGUUAUUAUUGUAAAUUGUGGAGAAAUGCCUACAGAACCUUAUGAAUUUUACCCGGAUGAUUUUAGCAUCUUGGGUUGGAUAAAGGCUGCCGGUUUACCAUUCUGUAGUUCAUUUAUUGUCUUGAUGAUCUUCCAUUACUUCUUCCGCCAAUUAAAUAUGUAUUGUUAAAUUGUAAAAAAAA